AUGGUCGAUCGGAACCGUCUUUUCAAUCUCCCGCAAAAUAUUGGAAACUUGAGCGAAUUGCGAACCUUGCAUGUUCGCCAAAAUGAGCUCACUUUCUUGCCCGAAUCAGUUUCGAACUGUAAACAGCUCAAAGUGAUUGAUCUCGCAGAGAAUGAGUUGCUCUUUCUCCCAUCGGGUGUGCAAAAUCUCGAUUUACGAGCAAUCUGGCUCUCUGAAAAUCAAAAUAAGCCUCUGGUCAGCUUUCACGAGGAACACAUUAAUUUGCAGGGAUCAGGCCAAAAAGUCUUGAGCUGUUAUCUCCUCCCGCAGAAGAAGAAAUCCGCCGGUGUGAUCAUUCGACGGAGCAUUAUUGACUCGGACGAUCGACUGUAUCACCUGCCAAUGGGACAACGUAAUUCCGUUCACUUUCAUCCCGAUUUCCCGGCCGAGUGCGAGUCUGACGACUCUAGCUUCGCCCUUCACCGCCAUCAUACGCCUAGUCGUUCUAUGUUGCGAGAUUUUUCAGAGACUGCGAAAAAUCUCGGCGCUCAUAUCGCCAAAAGAAAUUCUAUGACAAGGAUGGAAGGGAAAAGCGAUUUGCUCGAUUUGACUAACUCGAUAGAUGAAGAUGAAGAGCCAGGGGACACUGAUGAUGAUCAAGACUCGACUCUCUGUUCCCAAAAUAUUCGAGAAGAAAGAUCUCUUCGUUCGAGCAUGUCUUCGCUGCCUCCAAACGAAGAGGGCAUCAACGCAAACAUUCCCGGCAUAGUCAUUCCCGAAGACCUGAUAGAUUUUCCAAAAAUCAGCCCGAAAGUGAAACUCCGAAAGAAGCCCACCUGCCAGCCGAGCUUCAGCAACACUAGUCAAGCAAGUCGCCAUUCCAUGAAAGAAAUACACGACGCGGUCUACGCUCUGGAAGCGCAAGCAGUCGCACAAGCUCCAAACUCGACUCCCUGCUUGAACGCGUCAGAAGAGUUAGAGCGCACGAUAGAAGAGUGCAACGCCAGUUUAGGGCAAAUUAUCACGGAAAUGACUGAGAAUCUCCAAAAAGAACAGAUCGACAAGAGAGAGUCUAUCACAAAGCCAGUGUCGAUAAUUUCUUCUUCGCGAAUGACCUCGCUGGGCGGCUUCCAAAGCUACAGAAGCAGUAUCAUCCAUUCAACUUCGUUUUCUUCAUCCUCGACAUUCUCGGACGAAGAAGAUUUGCUCUACAUUGAUUCUGAUGACGAGUCGCAAGAGAAGUCAAAGAGCCAGAGCCAGCCAUCGCUAGAAAGUCAGAUCGAAGAACUAGCGACGUUAAUCACCGAGAAAUGCUUUUCUGAGGCCAAAGAUCUCCUCGAAAUUGAAGCUGCGAAAAGAGAAGAAUCAAUUCAACAGCUAGCAAAGACAAUUGUAACUUCGGCCCUAUCCGGCGGUAAAGCUCAACUGGAAAACGACUCUUCUGAACACUCUGAUUUUCAGCCAAGUUCGACGGGAUCCGCGCGCUCCUCGCGAAUCCAGCAACAGACAUUUGGAACCUUCUGGGUUCACAACUCUGAGUAA